AAUCAUCAGUUACCGAAGAGAACUCAAACGCGAUUGAUUGUGUUACCGUGGUUAUACUGCGUGUGCGCCUCUCUUUUGCAAGAAGAUUGUAGUUUUUCUUAAACCAAGGAAAAUCUAUUCCGUUUCGCUAAUCCAAUCGGAAUAGCUAGUUUUCGGUGUUGAAACGCUAAAACCUACAGGCUAAAAGAAUGCCGGCUGCAGUACCCGCGGAAAAUGGAGGCGGAGUCCCAAAGACAGAGCUGCAGGAGCUGCAGAUCAAACAGCAGCAUGUGGUGGAUGAAUCACUGGAUAGUACCCGUCGUAUGCUGGCGCUAUGUGAAGAGAGCACUGAAGUGGGAAUGCGUACCAUCGUCAUGCUGGACGAACAAGGAGAACAACUGGAUCGCAUCGAGGAGGGUAUGGAUCAGAUCAACGCCGACAUGCGAGAAGCCGAGAAAAAUCUCAGUGGAAUGGAGAAAUGCUGUGGCAUUUGUGUAUUGCCGUGCAAUAAGAGUGCAUCAUUCAAGGAAGACGAUGGCACAUGGAAAGGUAACGACGACGGUAAAGUUGUGAAUAAUCAGCCACAAAGAGUUAUGGACGACCGUAAUGGACUAGGACCACAAGCGGGUUACAUUGGAAGAAUAACAAACGACGCUCGUGAAGAUGAAAUGGAGGAAAACAUGGGCCAGGUCAACACAAUGAUCGGUAACUUGAGAAACAUGGCCCUUGAUAUGGGAUCAGAGCUCCAGAAUCAGAACACGCAGAUUGAUAGAAUCAAUCGUAAGGGAGAAUCGAACGAGGACCGGAUAAAGGUGGCAAACGAGAAAGCGCACUCGCUGCUCAAAUAAGCAGGGCGACGACAAUACGGUUAGACUUGAAGAAGCUAGCAAGAGGACUGGCCAGCUGUUACGAAGCUAACGUGUGAAGGUUUGUUUUAGUUGUUAUUUUCCUUUUUAUGGUUUCAUUGUUCUCCUUACCGAAUCGAUUUGUAUUACAUUUAUUCUCGAAACACUACACUUCUAUCAAUGCGUGUAUAAUCUGUGGCCAACGUAAGCUUUCAUUAUAAUAGACAAAUCCUUGCAGUAACACCUGAAGACAAGUUAAACGAUUAUUGACAAACAAAAAUAAAACAAACAAAACUUACAUUUGGUCAUUUCACACAAUAAAUAUAAACGUGAUAAAAUACAUUGAUAGUAUCGUUUACGACCGACUUUUCAUUUAAGAAGAAGAAAUAGCCUAUUUGAAACAUUAUUUUCUAUACAAUUGAAAUUGAAAAUCGAUCCAUUAGCGAAUGAAACAAAAAUAUAAUCCAUAUCAUAUUCAACAAAGAAGCAAGAAAAAUAAAUCCUCGAACUCUAGUAACAGAACUCUGGGUGAAAAUUUCGGAGAAGGUAAUAUGGCUAUUCAAUCGCGUUUGAUAACCAAGUGAUUUGAAAGCAAAUAACCUUUCGAGUUACCUGUGUCCUAGAUGCACUCUUUAGUUGUUUCGAUAAUCCCUGAACUACUACUUAUAUCGUAAGUGUGAGACGGUCUUGACGCUAUACGAGCAAAGGUAUCUAAUUUGAUCGAACCGCAUUUGCCAGCUUGGGUUAGUGAUAAGUUUCUAUCAAGUCGCACUUUGCUAGCAAUAAUAAAGAAAAAAAAAAAACAAUUGUGAUAUAUAAGCGUAAAAUAAUGAUAACUAAUGAAGAGAAAGACAUGAACGGAAAGCAACGCAUGCUACUAGAAUAGACGUCAGCGACGACGCAGAAGGCCUUGUUUUCCUACUCGUCAGAAAAUCCCAUACCAUUCUAUUAUCAUGAACUUGCUUCAUUGCCUGAGAUGACGUUUUAAUAAUAGCACGCAUCAAAAUGCCAUUUAAAUAAAAAGAAAUAAAAAAAAAUGGCGAUAUUAAUAGGAAACAUUAUAGGAAAUGUUUUAGUUUUUAAAUUCUCCUAAAUGUGAACAACCACGACAUGCAAGGAACGUGGUUUGAAAAACGGUUUCUUUGAUCGUUGCUAAGCAACGCGAUCGGAGGAUCUAUUUAAAUUCCUUAUCCAUCCAAAGAAAAGAAGAAAAGUAAUUAUUAUGGUCAUUCUUUGCUACCCGAGCUUAAACGUAUUCAACCCGGAUAGAAUGAAUUCUAUUCUUUCCUAAUUUAUGUGAUCCUCAUGGAAACUGAAGGUAAUAUAAUAGUUUCAGUAUUGUAGAAACUAGAGCUUACUUAUUAAUCACGACACAAUCAGUUUGAUGCUUUUGACAAUUCUUGUAGACUUUGUUUGUUUGUUCAAAGAGUUCAUUUGUAAUGAGUGGAAGUGUUUAAAGCCUUGUUUGAUUCAAGCCGGAAUUUGUAGUUCAUAUUUAUCCUAGUUGCUUAAAUAUCCUAUGAAGUUGUAUUGAAAAACGCAUCAUUGUAUUCCAAAACAGCAAAAAUUCUGCUUGGGAAAAAAAAAAUGUAACCUCGUGCUAUGCUUGUUUUUUUCUUUAAAUUUGUGGGUGAUAUCAAAUUUUACGCAAAAUUAAAUAAAAGGAGCGAUUGAUUGUGGCAGAGUACCAAUGAUGUUGUUUCACAGAAGACGGAAAUGUUUGAAAAUUAAUUGAGCUUUAACUUCAUUAGAAGCUCAGAAAAUAAUUAAACCCACAGUUUUUCAUCAACCGACAUAUCAAAUGGCGGACAAUCAUCUAUAAAAUGUAACAUUUCUUAGAAAUUGGAUUUGUUUUAGAAAAGUUUACUUUGAAACAAUAAUUGUUUGUUAGUCUAAUUUAUGUAUACUUGCAUACGGCUGAUCAAUAAAUAGAUAACUGGGCAUUUCACACUUUUGAUACGUCUCUUUGUUCAAAUUUUUGGGCAAUUUAUUUCUCUGCCCUUUUCUAAUACUUUCAAUUAUUUCUAGCAACAUUGGUAGCCAUAGUGCUAUUUCCCAUCGUAGUUUGAUGAAAACACAAAAUUACAGAAGGGAAUGCUGUGUUGGCUCCAAAUUAUGUCCAAUUUAUCUUCCCAAUCACUUUCGAAUCGGAUAAUAGAAGGCAAGCUUUUUUUUGCAUGAUCAUAGAUCGUUCAUUAUGCAGAAUUGUAUCGAACAUGGCGAAUUCGGCGUGGAAAAUACAAAGCUAAUUUUUUGUUGUAAUCUAAUUUGUCUUCGGGAAGAUGCAUAAAUGACGUCGAAUUUUAGGGUGACCAGCAUUUUAGAAAAAUACGCUAUAAGUUACUGCUUCAUGAAAUGUAAACAACCGUUAAACGUUUAUUUACGUUUGAUGAAGCACAUACUUUGGACCCCCCUCCCCUUGUAGCGUAUUUUUCUACAUGGCUGGUCACCUUAAAAUGCCACGUAGUUUAUGCAUCUUCCCUUCUUUCACUAAUUAUUUGGCAGGUAUCAUUUGGCAUAAAUGCGAAUAAAAUCACUUUAUUGCCUGUAUCGAAUAUAAUUGCUAUUUUUUUUUAUCAUGUUAUGUUUUUCAUAAACAUAAAAAGGAACAGCUCAUGCUCAAAAGAAGGAAAAAUACACAUGAAAUGAUUAUGUGCCCUUCUUUUGAUUAUAAGCUGUUCUUAUAUUACGUUGAAGCAUAACCUAUGAAAAAAGCAUUUUUUCGCUUUUAUGCAAAAUGGGCAUUAUGUCAAACGGCCUUAUGCUAAGUGGCAUUAUAACAAACGGCGUUAUACCAAAACGAAUAUUCCCAUGUAUUUACAAGUAAGUUCUAGUGAUUUUUUCUGGGAUAAUUUUCCGAUGCCUCAUUGCGGUGUGUGUGUCCUGGCCAGAUUCAAUCGUCUACAUAUAAUAUCACAUUUUACUUUUAAUAUAUUUGAGUAGCUGAUACUGAUUAUGACUACUUUUUCACUUAAUUCAGCUAAAUAUAUCUGGCUCUGAAUCUUUCUAUUCAGUUGAAUUACCAUGAAGGUUCUUAUUCCAUAUAGUUUUGGUUGUUCUGUGAGCUGGAAACUAAACUUUGCUCUCAACUCUAAAGGAUACUAAUCAAAACCAAUGUAGUCCAAUUGUUUUACUGGAUUACAGUCAAAAUAACGUAAACAAUUGAUCCCACCAAAUCUAUCCGACGGAUAUUUGUUUUUAAACGAUACGUUUUAACUACGAAUAAUUGUGUUGGCCUUCGAUUUCGAAGCAUACUUCCGAAGGCAUUGAUUUUACUAUUUUGACUUAUUUUAAUAUUGAUUCAUACGCAUCUAAUAUGAAUGAAACAAACACGAGCAGUUGCGAUUGGACGUCGUGCUGUUUAAGCGAGUAUUACCUUAAACCACAAUCGCACUUGCUAUUGAAAUUUUACAGCUAAACCCAAACAUCACACACCAGCUGAAACCAUGUGUCAAAAAUUAUUGAAUAUAGUAGCACUUGGCGCUAAGAUUUAUAGUUGUUCGAAUCGAGUUUGAAAUAUAGGUCACCACCAGCAAUAGAAAAAAGUCUUAGGCAGCAUUCUACUGAAUAGCAAAAACAAAGAACAAACUUGAGCUACUAGAGCUAGCCAUGAACAGGGCGAUACUACACACAUAAGAAAACGAUAUUUAACGCUUUAAGAUAAAUUCAUCUCUUGUUGUCUUUCGAAACUCUGUGUGUGUUAUAGCAAGUCAAAUGAGAUUGUUAAACCAUCCAACAAUGAACAAAACAUUAGGAUUUCUUAUGUAUAUUACACCCAGCAACCAGUUCUUGAUUUAUGUUUUAUUUCAAUGCUAUUUUGUUUCCUUACCUAAAACCUAGCAUCCUUAAACAUCACAACAAUCCAAAAACUUUACGGAUUCUGAAAUAAUCUAAAUAAAAAACUCCACUGUCCUAGUAGAAGAGGCGAAUUGACUUUCAUGAACUGUAGAAACAAGUAUUUUACUACUAGGACGAGAAUGAAUGCAAACAUACGAACAAAACUAGGGAAAUGACGGAAAAAAUAGAAAGUGGUAUUGUACAGACAUUGUUUAAAUCAACGAGAUAAAAUAAGGCACAGAAAAUAUCGCUGAAUGGAAUAAUUUUAAAUAGUUUUCUUGGAUUUCUUUCGUGAUCAGCUGGUUUUGUUUUAAUUUUAGUUACAUUCACCUGAAUGAACAAAUUUCAUUUCAACUUAGUUUGCAAAACUCAUCAAAACAAACGAAUGAUGGGGAGAAAAUAAUUUUGAAAGAAAGGUAAAAUGCAUCAAAUAAUAUUAGAUAAGUUAUAUUAUUACUAUGGUUGAUAUUUUUCAAAUGUAUUAAUAAUAAAGGAUAGUAAAAUAAAAUAACCAAAAAAAAUGUAAAA